AUGCUUGACCCGGGUACGGCGGUGGCGGCGCUAUCCACCGCUGUGGCGGCCGGCGGCGGGGGGGCCGAUGGCGCUGUCUCCGCUUGGUCGGUCACGUCCAUCACCAGCGACUUCGCCGCGGAGCUGUUCCAGGCGUCGCUGUUCCCGUACCUGGCGUUCCUGUGGCUCUUGAGCAGGAAGGAGACCAAGACGCCCGAAGGGGGCACGUUUGGGUUCGCCUUCCUCCUCGUCUUUGUCGUUGCCACCAUCCCGGCCGGAAUCUACGCCAAGACGGAGUACAACGAGAUCCUGGCCAACGUGGACUACCUUCACGGCAUCGCGGAGUCGUUCCUAACCCUCACCAACCUUUUCAUCGUCUCGGCCUUCCGUAAGGCGGUCGUCGGCAAACAGCCGGCCGCGGGCGGUGAGUGA